AUGUCAGUGGAAGAACCUGCAAAACAAUCGACAAACAGCGUAGUACUGAAAGUCGGAAUGGUAGGAGACUCGCAAAUAGGAAAGACGAGUUUGAUGGUAAAGUAUGUAGAAGGGUCGUUUGAUGAGGAUUAUAUACAGACAUUAGGAGUAAACUUUAUGGAAAAAACAAUAUCAAUCCGAAACACUGAAAUAACAUUCAGCAUAUGGGAUUUGGGAGGACAACGUGAAUUUGUGAAUAUGUUACCGCUAGUGUGUAAUGAUGCUAUGGCGAUCUUGUUCAUGUUUGACUUGUCGCGCAAAUCUACGCUCAAUAGCAUUAAAGAGUGGUAUCGACAGGCGAGAGGUUUCAAUAAGAUUGCAAUUCCAUUUCUAAUUGGCACAAAGUAUGAUCACUUUGCCACAUUCCCAAACGAAGAAAAGGAAGAAAUUACAAAACAGGCACGUCGAUUCGCAAGCGUAAUGAAAGCCCCGUUGAUCUUUUGCUCGACAUCACACUCGAUUAACGUGCAAAAAAUCUUCAAAAUAGUCUUAUCGAAAGUAUUUGAUUUGAAAUGCACAAUACCGGAAAUCGUGGAAAAAGUAGAGCAACAGCCACCUCCAUCACACUCACAACCACAAACAUCAGCCGCAACAGCUUUAUUAGGCUCUCAGCAGCAACAAGAAGCGCCUGUUUCUGGAGUAUUGGCUUCUGGGCUAAAGGCCUCUUUGUUCGCGCAUAUCUACGAUGAUCGUGUUGACAUUUUAAACACGAAUGGAACCAAUUCUUUUGACCCUGACAAAUGCAAAUUUUAUCGAGGAUGUCUUAUCUGUGUAUUUCAAGACCAUCGAACAAAUCCUAAUCCAAAUCUAACUGGCAAAUGGGCCGCUUUGCGACCCAAUUCGAACACUCUUUGGGGGGAUAUUCUAAGGAUGAAUCAGGCUGCCGGAGGUGUAUGGACAAAUCAAACGGCGAUAGAAUUGGAAUCCAAAUUAUUGCUUGCGAUACAUCCUAAGCCAGAUUUAGAUUCAAAAUCUACUUUGCCAGGUCUCACGCCUCUAUCUGUUAAAAAUGAUAAAGAGUUGCCCUUAUUUAUCCAUCGUGAUAAGCCCAAAAAACGAAAGAGGCUAUUGAAUUCUUUAGAAAUUGAGUUAGAACGUAAAAAUAAAGCUGAGCUCGUUCAUUUGAUGAAAACAAUGCAUCCGCGAAAUCGUAAAAAAUUCAAGCAAGAUCUUACACAAGAAACAAUAUUCAAAAAGAACAAAGAGCGAAAGAUAAGCAUACCUGCUGAUUCAAACGGCAAACAAAAAUUAUUAAUGGCGCAGUCUUCACAAGUAAUGGAUCAGAGCAGAACACAGAGAACUCUGAUGAAAAGAAUGCGUUGGGAAGAAAUCUUAACCACGUCAGAUGAUCAAAAGACCAAAUGUCAUACUAUACUCGUAGUUUAUUUGAAUUUCAACGCCAAAUACGAUAUGUUUAUAUAUAAAAUCAAAGAAACUGACUUUCACAACUUCUCAGAGCUUCAAAGAUUUAUUCACGAAAUUGACGAAGAUAAAACGGUUUUGGAAUUAAAGGAUAGCCGAGCUGAAUUAACUUAUUCAUUUGAUACGGAAGACAAAUGGAAAGAUUUUAUCAAACAAUUUACGGUGUUAUAUGGAUUCAAGAAUGAAUUGAAAUUUGUUUGGAGUCUUAACGAAGAAGAAGAAAAAUCAUUGGCUGAGGCAUUAAAACAGAUUGCAAACAAUAUUGGAGAAAUAACAACACCAGAACAAGUGCCUAAUAAAGAUGCACGACAAUUAAUUGACAAAUAUUUCUCGGAAGAACCCCCUGAUCAUUUACCUCAACCUGUGUACCAAUUCACCUAUAAAGACAAGAAACAAAUGAUAGCCCUCGAAACGGUGCAAGAUUUUAUCAAUGCUAGUGACGUAAACAAGAAAAUGAUGGACAUCAAGAAACGCGGACCUCCUGCUGUACCUUUAAUCAGUGCAAACGACACAGCCACAAGCUUUUCAUCUGGUCAUAUUCGAAAGCCACCAGUGCCAAAUAACCCCAUAUCAAAUCCACCAUAUACUCAAAUUCCAACAGAACCUGGGCUUUCAAUGCCUUCUACUUCAUUGAAUCAAGCUGCGACAUCUAUAAUACCCAAUACACCAAUAAAUCAACCUUUGGUGCCUCCAGUAACCAAUACACCAAUAAAUCAAAUCCCGAUUCCUAAUAUGUCAAUGAAUCACAUUAAUCCAAUCCCCAAUUUACCAAUGAAUCGAGUUUCUAUGCCGGUGUCUAAUAAUAUACCAGUCUCAGUGGGAGCAAUUUCAAAUACAACACUUAAUCAGAUGGCGACACCAUCGUUACCUGUUGGGGCAGUGCAGCAAGUUGCAACCCCGAUUUUGGCAACUCAACAACAAAUUCGUCAGGUUAUGCCCGGCGUACCAAUGGGACAAUAUCAGAGGAUAUCGAUGUCACCAGCACAAUUACAACAAUUACAGCAACGACCAGGAAUGCUUUUACCGAAUGGAAAUGUUCAACAACUUCUAUUGAAUCGUGGCAUGAUGGUAGGAAACCCAUCACAAAUUAACAGUGCUCGAAUGCCUGUUAGUCAAGCUGCUGGAAUUAACACAAAUAAUGUCUUAAAUUCGGCGGCAGGUCGUGUUUUGAUUGACGGAAAUGUAUUUGCUCGAGAGCAAGCACUUGCUAUCCAACAACAACAACAACAACAACUGAGGCGAGAGCAUUUUGAUCAGGUGGUGAAGAAACGUGUACGAUGA